AUGGCGCUGUACAUAAAGGCGUUCACGCUCAUCGUGAAGACGGCGUCGAAACCGCUGGCGAAGCGGUUGCGAACGGCGAUGGAGGAGUCGCCGACGGCGCGCGCGUACGCCAUCGAGAGCGCGCGCGCGACGGCGAAGUGGAUGGCGUUUCUGGCGCGCGACGACGCGGCGAGCGGCGCGGUGAGCGGUGAACCCGGAACGACGUCGAGGAAGGCGAGGAACGAGGCGAAGCGGGCGAUGGCGAAGGCGAACAUGAGCGAAGACGCGGCGCUGCAGGCGGCGAGCGAAUUCGUGGGGGAGGCGUUCGUGUUCGCCGUCGCCGGCGGCGCGGUGUGGUGGGAGGUGGAAAAAUCGAACGCGAAGGAUGAGAAGAGACGGGAAGACGCGGCGAACGAACGCGCGCAGUUGUGCGAUAUCAUAGACACGCAACACAGGACGAUGGUGGACAUGUCGGCGCUGAUCGAGGAAUUGUUCGAGUACAAAAAGUCGUCGAGCGAGACGAUCGCGGCGAUGCAGGCUGGACGACGCGCCGCGGCGCGAUGA